CGCGUAGGGGUAAGGAGGCUGGUAAAAGGCGUGUGUGGAGGCUGGAGAGGAGGCAUUUUGAUGCAGUCUCGGUAAGCACCAGUCACAAUGGCAGGUGAAGACCAAGAGGAGUUUGCUUCCGAACAGGAUGACAACUACUAUGCCUUCCUCAACAUCCCGCGAGACGCGUCACAGGACGACGUGAGUGGGGCGUACCGGCGCCUCAGCCGGCUUUACCACCCGGACAAGCACAGCGACCCCGACAAGAAGAAGGAGGCGGAAGUGCUGUUCAACAAGACCAAGAUCGCGUACGAAGUGCUGAGCGACCCGCACCGGCGCGCCAUCUACGAUAGCCUGGGCGUGCCCGGCCUGCGCACCGAGGGCUGGGAGGUGGUGCAGCGCACGCGCACGCCCCAGGAGAUCCGCGAGGAGUACCAGCGGCUGGCCAGGGAGCGGGAGGAGCGUCGCCUGCUGCAGCGCACAAACCCCAAGGGCUCCGUCACGCUCUUCAUCAACGCCACCGACCUGUUCUGUUCCUACGACGACGACCUGGACGACGAUGAGUUUGGAUCCGGAUCCCUCUUUCCUCUGAUCGAAGUCGGCGGGAUGUCGUUCAACCAGAGCAUUGAAGCGCCCCUCACUGUCAAGGACACUGCUACUAUGUCAGGUCAGCUCUCCACCUCGAACGGCACCGGGCAGGGCCAGGUCAGCUGCUCGGUGCGCCGGCUGCUGUCGGAGCGCAGCUGGGCUGAGGCCGAGGUGGGCGUCGGCAGCGGCCUGAUGCUCUCGCUGCGCGGCUUCCGCUCCGUCGGCCGACACCUGCACGCCACCGGACACGGCUUCGUCUACAUCCUGCCCAACGGGCUGGGCCGCGUCGGCCUCAUGGGCACGCUGGGAUGCCAGCUGGACCGGCACACGGUCGGCUACCUGACGUACCGGGCCGGGGCGCCGUCCGGCGUGCAGACGAUGCUGGUGCGCGAGACCGAGCACAGCCGGCUCUCCGCCAGCCUGUACGUGGGCCUGCCGCACAGCUACGUGACCGGCAGCCUGCUGCUCAAGAUGCCCGAGGCCGACGUCAAGACCCGGCUGGUGGCCAAGGGUGGCACCUUCGGCUUCUUGGUGGAGUACGGCGUGGAGAAGAAGAUCUCAGGCCUGAGCACGCUCGGCGCCUUCGUCAGCGUCGGCAUGCCCACAGGAGUGGCCGUCAAAAUCAAGUCCGCUUCCAACCAGACGUACACGGCGCACGUGCGUCUGUCGGACGAACUGAUGCUGAGCCCGGUGUUCUACGGCACGGUGGUGCCGCUGCUGGCCUGGGCUGCCGUCAGCCGCCUGCUGGUGGCGCCGUACGUGCGCGAGCGCCAGCGCGAGGAGGCGGAACGCCGGCGACAGGCCAACCGCGACAGGACGGCGGCGCGGCGCCGGGAGGCCGAGUCGGCUGUCGGUCUGAUGCGCGAGACGGUGGCACGCAUCCGGCAGGCGGAGGAGCUGCGCCGCGGCCUCAUCAUCACCGCCGCCUGGUACGGCCGGCUCGUGCAGCCGAGCUCCGGGGACCAGCCGGAGCCCAGCCCCGACGACCUGGUCGACGUCACUAUCCCGCUGCAGUGCCUGGUUAAGGACUCCAAACUGAUCCUGCAGGAGAGCCCAAAGAGUCACCUGCCGGGCUUCUUCGACCCGGCGCCGGACACCGAGAAGAGCCUGCAGGUGGAGUACCUGUUCCACGGCGCGCGCCACCAAACGACCGUGGCGGACACGGACCCCCUGCGGAUACCCAAGUCAUCGCACCACACGGCCCCUGACUGACGUGUCUCCUGUCUGCAGCGCACCGUAUCGAG